AUGCCUUUCACUUACAAGACGGUUCUAAUCAUAGGGGCCACCUCCGGCAUCGGUGCCGGGAUGGCCGACAAGCUCGUCAGUGAGGGCUCAAAAGUCAUUGCCGUCGGCCGACGCCAGGACAGGCUAGACAGUUUUGUCCAGAAGCAUGGUAGUUCCAAAGCCGCUACAAUCAGAUUUGACGUCACGGACAAUGAAGGCAUGGAUGCGUUUGUUCACAAGGUGGUAACCGAGCACGUAGACCUGGACUGCGUGUUUCUCAACUCGGGCGUUCAGAGCCCGACGCGGCUGUCGCGUGCAGCCGAGUUUGACCUGGCCAAAUUCCACGAGGAGAUGAACGUCAACUUCACGAGUCUUGUCAACCUAAUGAUGAAAUUCCUCCCUCACCUGCAGGCCAAGACGAUACCUACGGGUCUCAUAAUUACGGGGACCCAUCUCGCCAUCGUACCGGCUGCCACUCUUGCUGCCUACUCAGCUUCAAAAGCCGCUCUGACUUCCUUUGUGGAUUGUCUCCGGGAACAGAACCGCCACAAGCCAACUAAGAUUGUUGAGAUCUACCCACCUCCCGUACAAAGUGAGGCUUUCCAUUCAUUUGUCUUUUUCUUCGUAUUCUGCUUGAUCUCCUUUUCUUUCCUCUGA